AUGGCGUGCAUCAAAGGGGUGAAUCGAUCGGCGUCGGUGGCGCUGGCGCCUGACGCGCCGUACCUGGCGGCCGGGACCAUGGCCGGCGCCGUUGAUCUGUCCUUUAGCUCGUCCGCAAAUCUCGAGAUAUUCAAGCUCGAUUUUCAGUCCGACGAUUGGGAACUGCCUCUCGUCGCCGAGUGCCCGAGUUCCGACCGCUUCAACCGUCUCACGUGGGGGAAGAACGGUUCUGGUUCCGAUGGAUUCGCUCUCGGCCUCGUUGCCGGUGGAUUGGUGGAUGGCAACAUUGACAUCUGGAAUCCUCUCACCCUGAUCCGAAAUACGGUUCGUGGUCUUGAGUUUAAUGUCAUUGCACCAAAUCUUCUUGCAUCCGGGGCUGAGGAUGGUGAAAUUUGCAUAUGGGAUUUGGUCAAUCCUUCUGAGCCUACACAUUUCCCACCACUAAAGAGUACUGGCUCUGCUUCCCAGGGAGAAAUUUCAUUCUUAUCUUGGAACAGUAAAGUCCAACACAUAUUAGCUUCUACUUCAUAUAAUGGAACCACAGAUUCAGUUAGAAGGCGGUGUUCUGUUUUGCAGUGGAAUCCCGAUGUUGCCACACAACUUGUCGUUGCAUCAGAUGAAGAUGGCUCUCCUUCUUUGAGGCUUUGGGAUAUGAGGAACAUAAUUUCACCGAUAAAGGAGUUUGUGGGACACACUAGAGGUGUAAUUGCAAUGUCAUGGUGUCCCAAUGAUAGCUCUUAUUUGCUUACCUGUGGUAAAGAUAGCCGAACUAUAUGCUGGGACAUGAUUUCCGGAGAGAUUGCCUAUGAAUUGCCAGCUGGGACCAACUGGAAUUUUGAUGUGCAUUGGUAUCCUAAGAUACCUGGAGUAAUAUCAGCAUCUUCCUUCGAUGGAAAAAUUGGCAUAUAUAAUAUUAAGGGUUGCCGUCAGAAUAGUACUGGGGAAAAUGAUUUUGGUGCAGUACCGCUGAGAGCACCAAAAUGGUAUAAACGUCCUGCUGGUGUGUCUUUUGGCUUUGGAGGCAAACUUGUGUCGUUUCAUCCCAGGGCAUCUUCUGCAGGUUCUCCUGCUGGUGCUUCUGAGGUUUAUGUGCAUAAUUUGGUCACUGAAAAUGGUCUCGUGACUCGUUCUUCUGAAUUUGAAGCGGCAAUACAGAAUGGGGAGAGGUCUUUAUUGAGGGUUUUAUGUGAUAAAAAAUCUCAGGAAUCAGAAUCUAUGGAGGAAAGAGAAACAUGGGGCUUUUUAAAGGUUAUGUUUGAAGAUGAUGGGACUGCACGGACAAAACUUCUUUCACAUCUUGGUUUCAAUGUACCUAGUGAAUCAAAAGACACAGUUAAUGAUGAUCUUUCUCAAGAUGUAAAUGCACUUGGAGUCGAGGAUGCAACUGUUGACAAUGCUGGACAGGCCACUAAUGAAACCUCUAUGUUCUCUAUUGAUAAUGGGGAGGAUUUCUUUAACAAUCUCCCCAGUCCUAAAGCUGAUACCCCUUUAUCUACUUCUGCUGGCAACUUUGUUGCAGAAAAUGCCAAUGGUUCCGAGAAAAUUCAAGAUGAUGCAGAAAUGGAGGAGAGCAGUGACCCUUCAUUUGAUGAUAGUGUUCAGCAUGCUUUAGUUGUUGGGGACUAUAAGGGUGCAGUUAUGCAAUGCAUUUCUGCAAAUAAAUGGGCUGAUGCAUUAGUUAUUGCUCAUGUUGGGAAUGCUUCCUUAUGGGAAAGUACACGUGAUCAAUACCUUAAGAUGGUUCGAUCACCAUACUUGAAGAUUGUAUCAGCAAUGGUGAGCAAUGAUCUCUUGAGCUUAGUGAACACUCGGCCUCUGAAAUUCUGGAAAGAAACCCUUGCUCUUCUUUGUAGUUUUGCUCAGAGAGAUGAAUGGACUAUGCUUUGUGAUACACUUGCUUCAAAACUCAUGGGGGCUGGCAAUACAUUGGCUGCAACUCUGUGUUAUAUAUGCGCUGGAAAUAUUGAUAAAACUGUUGAAAUUUGGUCAAGGAGCCUGUCAAAUGAAUACGAGGGGAAAUCUUAUGUAGACCUUCUUCAGGAUUUAAUGGAAAAGACUAUUGUUCUUGCCUUGGCAACUGGGCAGAAGCGGUUUAGUGCUUCCCUGUGCAAGCUUGUUGAGAAAUAUGCUGAAAUUUUGGCUAGUCAAGGGCUAUUGACUACAGCAAUGGAGUAUUUAAAACUUCUGGGUUCUGAAGAACUGUCACCUGAGCUUACGAUUUUAAAAGAUCGAAUUGCACUUUCUACAGAACCUGAGAAAGACUUCAAAACCACUGCUUUUGAAAAUGCUCGAGUACAAAGUGGGUCCUAUCAUGGUGCCGAUAACUCCAAUUAUAAUAGAAAUUAUUAUCAGGAGUCAAUAUCCACUCAAGUGCAGCAUGGUGUUUCUGGAAUUCAAUAUCCUGAAAGCUAUCAACAGCCAUUUGAUCCUAGAUAUGGAAGAGGUUAUGGUGCUGCUACUCCACCGCAGCAAUCUCAACAGCCUAAUUUGUUUGUUCCACCACAGGCUACUCAAGUUGUACAAACUCCCCAGCUGAAUUUCUCAAACACUGCUGUUGCACCACCUCCUUUGAGAACUUUUGAUCCUCAAACUCCUCCCGUGCUAAGAAAUGUGGAGCAAUAUCAGCAGCCCACAUUGGGUUCUCAGUUGUACAAUACAACCACCAAUCCACCUUACCAGCCUACACCCUCUGCUACAUCACAAGUGGGCUUGGUUCAUGGCCACAACCUGUCACAAGUUGCGGCCCCUACCCCAAAUCCGAUGGGAUUCAUGCCAGUCUCCAGUUCUGGUGGUGUCCAAAGACCUGGGGUGGGAUCAGUACAACCUCCCAGUCCCCCUCAAGUGCAACCUGUGCAACCAGUUGCUGCACCACCAGCUCCACCUCCUACCCUGCAGACUGCUGAUACUUCAAAAGUACCUGGGCAUCAAAUGCCAAUUGUCACAACAUUGACAAGACUCUUCAACGAGACAUCAGAUGCUCUGGGGGGUUCCCGUGCAAACCCAGCCAAGAGGAGGGAGAUAGAAGACAACUCAAAGAGACUUGGUGGGUUGUUUGCCAAGUUGAAUAGUGGAGACAUAUCCAAAAAUGCUUCUGAUAAGCUCCUUCAGCUUUGUCAGUCAUUAGACAAUGGUGAUUUUGGUACUGCCCUACAAAUCCAGGUUCUUCUUACUACUACCGAGUGGGAUGAAUGCCAGUCCUGGUUAGGUUCACUCAAGCGGAUGAUCAAGACAAGGCAGAGCGUGAGACUAAGUUAA